CUCGAGAGUAACACAUCGACAAGUCCAAAGGGGUCCGACCGACCGCCACAGUCGUUCCACUUCACAUCUAUCUUCUGCAUAUAGUCAUCAUGGAGGCUGCCGGCCCCUCGUCUCCCACCAUUCCCGCAGCGCCCGCCCGCUCCUCCCUCCUCCCGACCUACUGGCGCGAUCCAGAGUACCUGCGAAGCGUACCCCUCACCUCUCGCACCGCCUUGGACUAUUUCUCCCUCUCCCACUUCUUUGAUCAGGAGUCGACUAAUCAGGUCCUCCGCAUGCAGAACAUCGCCAAUCCUCAGGCACAGAUGCCUGGAAUGGGUAAAUCAGCUAGGCAGCAGGAGGAGGAGUUGAAGCGUUUCCAAGGGAUCGAGUUCGUCUUGGUGCACUCGAGGGAGCCUACGGGCAAGGAGGCGGUAGAGAAGGGGGAUGAGAGCCUGUACGUGGUGCAGAAGAGACGGAGGACCAGCCCAACUCAGACGGCGGUACUUGAGACGUAUUACAUUCUUAAUGGAAAUGUACACGUAGCGCCGGACUUGGAGACGGUCCUGCAGAACAGGCUCGUGACGGCACUCGAUUCGCUCCGGGCGAGCCUCUCAUUGGCUAGAGCAGCGCAGGCAAGACCCAUCGCACCACCAUCAGCGCGAAUCGAUGACGCCAAGAAGGGGAAAUCAGGCAAGGCAAUGUCUGCGGCAUCAGGUACCACAUUGGGAGCAGAGGCGGUGCGGGAGGCUGCUGCAGAAGGAGGAGCAGCGGGCGGCGCCCAGGAUGAGGACGAGGAGCUCAUGGAGGGAGGGGCCCGGUCAUCACCAGCGCCUCCACCCGCAAACAGCAAGAAGCGCCCCUACCCGAUCGCUUCAAUACUCGAAGCUCCUCCGCCGAGACAGAGUUCCUGGAGCCUCUCCUCCCUCUGGCCAAGCAGCGACCCGCCUCCGUCAUCUCCCCUUUCCACCGUAGGCUCCCUCUUCACAACAGCGCAUCACUACGCCUUCUCCACCCCUUUAGGAACGGCCGUCACAUCCUGCCUCGUCACUGCCACGUCCCUCGUCGUAUACUGGCGCUACUUCCGCCGUCUCCGCUCAACGGAAUAUGUCACGCCUCGCGACCUUCAAUGGCGAGGGCGCAUGCUCACGGGGACAUGCACGCACAUAGGAGAUGCGGACGGCUUCCGUCUCUACCACCAGCCCGGACCCGUGGGGCUGAGAAGCCUACUGUUCCCCGUACCAAAGACGGCGAAAGCGCUCAAGGACGAGACCCUCUCCAUCAGACUGGCGGGAUGCGACGCCCCCGAGCUUGCGCAUUUUGGCAAGGAGGCACAGCCCUUUGCUGCGGAGGCAAAGGAGGCUCUGCGCGGUCUCGUGGAGGGCAAGACGGUCCGCUGCGAUGUAGCUCACGUAGACCAAUAUCGUCGUCUCGUCGCCACGCCAUACGUUUGGGCUCCUCCCUAUGUGCUGGGCAGAACCAACGUGUCCCUCAAGAUGGUCCAGCUGGGCCUUGCUACGGUGUACCGGCAGGCGGGCGCGGAGUACGGGGCAGCGGGUUGGUUGUCGCGGGUGCUCUUCAAGUCAAAGAGUGGGCUGGGCAGAUUGGAGAGGGCAGAAGAGAUGGCGAGGCGGAGGCGUAGAGGCAUGUGGAGCCAGGGCAAGGGGCUUGAGAGUCCGGCCGAAUACAAGAAGCGAGUCAAGCGCGAGAAGUAGGCGGGCACGGCCGGCUACGCUGAUGACCGCUGAUAGAUACCCCGGCCUCGCAAUGAUAAAGCCUCCAAACAGAUGCUCGCACGCGCUCAUGAGUCUCUGAUCGUAUGCAUUUUUCAGGGUAUAGAAGGUGUGGGUAAAAGACACGGAGAGAGGGCUCAGGGGCAGAGAAGCAAGAGGGGUGCUUGAAAGCGAGAAAGAUGGAUGGUGCGCAAGAAAGCCCCGCACGCUUAGCAGAGAAGGUCACUGAUGGCCAUGCGACCCGAAGCGGGCUUAUCAGACGAGGACGAGGACGAUGAGCUGUCGGCUGCAAAGGUGGACGUCGACGUCGUGCGAGGGCUAACGCCCUCCUCGGUGGCGAGGUGGGCACGCUGGUCUCGCACGCGAUGGACGUACUCGGUCGCCUUGGGCGUGACGUCCCUGUCCUCGUAGGUUGCAGAGAUCGGUCGAAGGUGCG